AUGCGCAGCAAGGCUGUUGAACCCAGCCCAAAGGAGACCGCCAACACCAUGUGGGGUAUGGGACGGCCUCAGCAACAAGACAAACUGCUGGCUCUGGCCCUCUCCCAGACCGCUCUGGCACUGCUAUCGAGCGCUCCCUACCAGCCUCGCCCACAAAACCCGGCGAAUGGUUUCCGGGCGACCGGCAAACCGAAGACGUCGGACCUGCCGUCGGUGGCGGCACCGUGCCGUUCGGCGGCGGCGGUCGCAGGCCAGUUUCGGCCGCAGGAGUCCGCAAACUUCGUCUGGGGCAGUGGAACGCCCAGCCAUCGGGGCGCAGCGCUCGGAGCGGCAACGGAUGCCGCGUUUCUGGGCGGAUUCAAUGUCCAGGAGCCCACCAACGGCAUGCGGGCCGCAGGCGUCCUGCAGCCGCCACGCGGCGAGGUGUUGCCAGUGGCGCGGGCGCGGGUCCCGGAGCUUGCGGCGCGGUACCCAGCGAGCCUGGCGCGGUGCUGCGGGCGACCGUCGGCACAGGGCCCGGCGACGGUCCAAUCCACUGCAGCGCUGGCGCGGCAGCGGCUUGGGACGUGCGGCUCCCAAGACCCGGCCAACUUGGCCCAGGCGCUUGGGAAGCUGCUGCUCGUGGACAAGCAGCUGUUUGCCGAGCUCUCUGAUAGAGCCCAAGAGAUUUUGCAGACGCUCAAAGCGCUGGAGAUUUCUAGUGUGGCCUGGGCUUCUACGACCUGUGCCACUGCAGGCGAGAAAUCAUCGGCGGCCUCAGGGGCUGAAAUGCGGCGGCGAGAGCACGUGCCGCGGAGCCUGGCGGGCAUGCUGUGGAUGUUUGCCACGGUGUUGUGGCGGGGCGCGUCCUGGGUGCUAGAAGCUUUGGCCGUGCACGAACCGAGCCCGCAGAGCGUUGCCUCCGCGGUGCGGUGUGCUGCGCGGCUGUCCGUAGAGCUCCCCAGAAGCCAUUUGCUGGCCGUGAGCCAAAAGCUCUGUCAGCUCGGCCCACAGGAGCUCACCAACAGAGGAUGGGCUCCAGCUACCCUGCUGCCGCGGGAAGUGCGUUUGCUGGAUGCCAUCUUUCAGCGGCUCUGGGGCCUUCUGGAAGACUGCAAGGUGCAGGAGCCAGCCAGCGCUGCUCAGGCCUCAGCCGUGGCGCAGCACAGGGACGAGGCUCUUCUGCUGGCAACCUUGGGCUAG